GACAGUCCGAACACGCCGUUGUUGUCAGGCUGACGUGUUUCACGCGACGGAAAGUCCUCAAAAAGCAAAACCGGAGAAUGGGGAGAGCGUGAAACUCGGUGACGGAGAGAGAGAGAAACCGGGAGAUACAAGUAGACAGUGAGACUGGGGGAAGAAAUAGAGACAGAGAAGAUUCGGGGGAUAGCGAGAAAGAGUGUGAAACCGGGGUACACAGAGACAGAAGGAGAGACGGAAAGCUCCAGGGCAGACGUGGGCUCGGGACAUGGCCACCGAGUUAAGCGGGUGGUUGAGCCCGCCGGACAGUGACGUUGGCAGCGGGUCCUGGGACCUGGACCGGGACUUGGAAUCAUUACUGUUUGAAGAACUCAAUGAUUCCACUGAUGUUCUUGAGGCUUUGAAAAAUCCAUUUGAUGUGGACGUGGAAAUUGACUUCAGUUUGGAAAGCUCACCUUGGGACGACGAUCCUUGGGGACCAAUGUGCAACGUGUCCCCAGGCUCACAGAUCAUGUCAGAGCCUCAGUCUCCAGCUUCAAGCUGUUCAAUGACUUCUUCUGCAGAUUCAAUAUUGCAACAUGAAGAACUCCUCUACACCUUAUCAAGUCAGUCUUCUCCAGUUUCACCAUGUAGUAAGACCAGUGAGUGUUCUUCUCCAUUUGGCGAGUCAAAGGUCACGAGCUCCCCUGAAGUUAAACGUGAAGAGUCUGUACCAGUGAAUGUCACAUCAAAUGUUUCAAAACAGAAGCCUAUUCAACCGAAACCCAUCCUCAUUCCAGCUUUAUCUGUAUCACAGUCUAGCCCAACACUAGCUGGUAAAACCAUUAUAAUUCAACCGGUUCAAAAUGUGUCUCUCUUAAAACAACAACCAGUGAAAAUCUGUCCAGCUCCUGCUGGUCAGGCGAUUGUAGUUCCUCAGCCUGCUGUGGCACAGCUUCAGCCCCAAAGUCUGCCUGCUGCUCAUCCAGUUAUAAACAUAGCUGGUGGAGCCAAUCAUGUUGGCACAGUUCCUCUGAGAGUACUGACACCUGCAAACAAGAGCACUAUGAAUGGAAAUGCUCCAGCGGGAAAAGCUGCACCCAGCAACAGGAAGCCAGAUGUAAAUGCAUUAAGACGCCAAGAAAGAAUGAUUAAGAACCGUGAAUCAGCAUGCCUGUCCCGGAGGAAGAAGAAGGAAUAUCUAUUGAAUUUGGAGUGCAGGCUUCGGUCUGCACUGCUUGAAAAUGCAAAGCUAAAGAAUGAAAACGGUUCUCUACAAAAACAACUUAAGGAGUUGAUGUCGGAGAAUCAGCAACUAAAAGUAACCACUCCAAAACGAAGAGCAGUAUGUGCCAUGAUAUUGCUGGUGUUUAUUGCGCUCAGUUAUAGUCCUGCAAGUGUUUGGGAGAAACAUUCUGCUGCGCUUCAGCCCAGUGGCAGUCCUGCUACUCACAGUAGACAUCUGUUGGGAUUUUCUGAUGAAAAUGGAGGCUUCCAGGAAACUGAAAAGUUUACAGAGGAGAACUACAGAAAUGGAAUCUCAUUCUCUGAUAAAAAAGAUCUAAUGGUGGUAAAGAAGGAGCCUCUCCUCUUUGUCAAACGAGCCUGCCAUCCUCAAGUUAACAGGACAGAAUCACUUAGGCUAGCAGAUGAACUCCGUGGGUGGGUACAUCGACAUGAAGUCGUCAGAGAUAAAUUGAGAAAAGGAUCUAAAAUGCUCCAUAGAAUACGAACUGUGAUGAAAUCUACUGAUAAGAAGACUGAUGUAGCUCAAUAUGUUAAAGGCAUGUACACAGACAUUGAUAAGAAUAACUCGGGGAGUGAAUUGCAGGUGUAUUAUGCUCCAGAUGAACGUUAUCCAGAUUUUUUUGAAGCUAUUCGUAGGAGAGGAGAUACCUUUUAUUUGAUAUCAUUUAGAAGGGAUCAUCUGUUGCUACCAGCUAUCAGCCAUAAUAAGACGACCAGACCGAAAAUGUCUCUUGUAUUACCAGCAAUGAAAAUGAGUGAAAAUUUCAUCAAUGACCCAAAAGAUCAUGAGGUAAUGAUGCAGAUUGAUUGUGAGGUGAUGGCCACCAGAAUAAUUCACAUAAAAUCAUCAUCUAUACCUUCCUUUCUGCGAGAGCAACGGGAGAAUCACACUGAUUCAUACCAGCGUCCAUCACCUGCGCCUACCCAUGCAGCACCUCACAUCAUCACAGAGUCUACCCAUGGGAAUGUCUUCAAACUUUACCAAUAGUGUUUGGUUUAAACCAUAUAACAUCUUGAAUCUCUAGACUGUGUGUUUUCCAAAGGGUCAUAAGAUCGACUUUGAAUCUAAAGGAGCAUGUCAAUCAAUUCUUGUAUAACUUGGAAAACAAAAUUAUCAAAGAUUUUUCUUUAUAAUUAGUGAAAAUAUUAGCCGAUGUAGUACAACUUAAAAACAAAAGCAGAAAUUGUGGAAAAGCUCAACAGGCCUAGCAGCAUCUGUGGAGAGAAAUCAGUUAAUGUUUUAGGUUCUGACCCAAGUCGCUGGACCCAAAAUGUUAACUCUGAUUUCUCACAACCGAUGCUAUCAGACCUGUUGAGCUUUUCCAACAAUCCCUGUUUCUGAUUUCCAGAAUCUGCAAUUCUUUCGGCUUUUAGUACAACUUAAUCCAGCUUGAUCUAUCUUAGGUGAUUCUGAUCAACCGCCUAACUUUUACACAAGUCUGUAUUAAACUAAGGUCUAUUUAAAACAAAAUGUUGCUUUGAACGGAUUAUACUUGUGAAAUAUCACAAUCUUUGGGAGUUGAAAUGCUUGAAGGAGAAACCAACUAUAUGUAUUAGAUGAAAGCAAUAAUACUAAGCAUUCUUAAUCUUCUGCAAAAUUGCUGUUCCUAAAGCCAGCAUAUCAGCAAGGUGAUAUAUCAGUGUAGCUUAAGAUAAAAAUAUGGAAUGGCUACAUGGAAUGAACUAUAGUACAUUCCCAAAAAUAUUCGAAGACCACUAUAGAGCUUGUUUUCCUUUAAUUUUUCACUUUUGCUCGACAAAUUCCUUUUGACAAUUUUGGCCAGUUUGUCUAUUCCAUGUAAGCUGGACCUGUGAUUGCAGCAACUUAAAAAAAUAUGCUGAAUAAUCUGAAGGAGGCCAUGCGCGGCAAUGUUGUGAAUGAAUUCUUUAAAAAUGUGGUCUGUUCAACACUGGACAUGUUUUCUCCUCCUAUCUCCUCCAACCCUGGUUUAGGAUGCUCUCUGGACCAUAAACCAAAGCUCCUAAAGAACUCAGGUACUUUGUCCUAGUUGUUUGGUUGUUGUUUAAAUGCAAGCCAAGUGAGUCCAGGCUACUUGCCCAUUCCUGCAUGAUAUGGUUCCUGUCUACCUGCAGGGACUCCUGAAUUUAUGGUCAAAGCAAAAAUCCUGGUUCAGUCGUCUUUUUCACUGCAUGAGUUUGGCAGUGCUGCAGCAAUGUUGCCAUUUCCCAUUACUGUCCAGGUCGAUAUGAACCAACUUUGGAUCACUGAACAAUAAUCAGACCUCAGACACUUGAAUCAGUAUCAUAGCAUAUUAUAAUUUAUGGGCAUUUAAAUUUGAGCUUAAAUCUCCACUUGCCUUGACAGUUCUUGUCCAGACUCAGCAGUUUAAUAGAACAUUCUGCUCAAUCAAAUAUAAAUUGAGAUAUUCAUAUCCAAUAUUUGGAUGAAUUCAUCAGUUCAUUAGAGUUUAUCAGCUGCUUGAUAGCAGGGUUGAUUAAUCAAGGCUUACUGUUUGCACCAUUGUCUCAAAAUGCACAUCUCUUGCUCCCCCAUUAUCACCAAGAAUUCCACCUAGCAAACCUGUUUAGUCUCAUUCCGGUGACAACUGCUGUCCCUGUCAGUAAAUUACCAUCAUUUGAAUCCACUUAAUCUAGAAGCCAAGAAACAUCUAUUAUAUUUUCAUUUAAUAUUCACACAUACUACCCAAGAUUGUUCAAGGUGCAGCCUGAGAAAGCUGAUUGUGCAUGCUCUGUUCAGGGUCUUUAAUUUGUUUCUUACCUACAGCUCAAGAAUUGUGAACUUAUUUUUAAAUAAUGUUGCACUUAGCUACAUUUUUCAUGUUCAUGCUUUCCUCCUUAAUAUCAGUUAUUUUGAGAUUCAAUUUUUUCAGCUAGUUCUGGAGAAACUGUGAAGUUGCAAAUGUUCUUGUGCAUUAUUAAAGUUUAUCGUUGGUGUUCUGCUUGAGAAAUUCAUAUCUGCAUUUACGAAACACCAUUAAAAUUGACAUUCUGUGGUAAAUCUUGUGACAUCUCCCUAACCUGUUGUUGAAUUUAAGUUUACUUUUGCUUUGGCAAGUGCAACACAAAAGUAUUCCAUCCUUUGGAUCAUGAUCAGUUGACACCAAAAGUGAGGUCUCAUGUCUCUUAUGCAUAGCGCAGGUUUUCUCGUAUGAAUGUUCAAGAAGACUGGGAUUUGUCUGCAGCAGGAGUAAAAGCUUUCAGAAGAUCUUGUAUUUAUUGGCCUUU